AAUACUUGAGGAAAAAAGAUAUUACGAUCGCCUGUUUCCUUUCUACCCCAAAAAAAGUAUGAAGUUUAAUCUUGCAGUCGUUUCAAUAUUUUUCUUGACAACGGCUGUUAAAUAUACGUCAUCCCAAGCUGUUGUUCCUAAAUAUGCUGCAUCAUGCGGUUAUUUAGCCAAAAAAAUCUAUUGCUUGGGAGGGCUGUCAACUAUCGAUGUUCUUACCACUGAGGCCACGAUGAACGUACUUGAUAUCGCUAAUUAUAAUGGAAGCACAUCCAAGGAAUUAACCAGCCAAUGGGAGAUGAUCGUAACCGAUACAACAACAGUUACAUUAGAAUCGAGAAGAAACACUCAAACCAUGCAAUAUCCUGACGGAAAAUCUAUGUUAAUUAGCGGGGGCUUUAGUUCCACAGAUGUUGCCUUAAAGGAUCAAACUCUUAUCUUUAACGGCGAGACUAGAUCAUGGAACCGUUCCGAAAAUUAUGUAGAAUAUCCAUAUGGAAGUAGACAGAUCUAUUACGCUGCCUCUGUAUACGUCCCUGGAUACGGAGUUGGGUUUUUUGGUGGCACUGAAGCGCUCGGCAAUAACAAUCACACCAUACCGUAUGUUUAUAAGGGAGUUACUAUUCCAGACAUGGGUUUUCCAGGAGCAAGUUUUCAGUUUAUCGGUUAUUCCAAUCUUACAUUUUUGGAUAUCAACCGACCAGAACAGCCUUGGUCAUCUUUUCCCAACCAAAAAAACUUGCCAGAUGGAUUCACAAGUUAUCAACAACCCAUUUUUGAUCCCAAAACCAACAUCAUUUUAUUUUUUGGAGGUGCUUAUCUGAACACAACAACAUUUGAUGAAAAAUUUUAUGACCUCCAGAAUGUCAUGACCUUCGAUAUGCAAAAUAGCCAGUGGGGUCAACAGCUUUUGCAAGGAACACCACCGACGCCAAGAUCCGGUCAUUCUGUAACAUUGCUCAAUCCUAGUCAACGACAUGUUCUUCUCUAUGGAGGUCAGGGUGCUGGUACAACAGCAGCUGUUUCGGAUUACUGCUUUACGUUAGAUCUGGAUACGUUUCAGUGGACAAAACAUGAUUUACAAGCCGAACCUGGAGUUCUGCUAUUGAGGACAGAACAUUCUGCGCUUACUAUAAACAACGACACGGUUUUUAUUGUUUUUGGAAGAGACGACACUAAAAAUGCAACAUUGGUACCCAUCAUGCUUAAUGUUACCGAUCCUGCACGUAUUACCUUAUUGGAUAAAUAUAUUAUACCACCAGAUAUUGUCAGUAACUCAACGGAUUCGAACCCUGUUAAACCCUCCAACACAAAUUCUACUGAAACCCCAGAUACACCAAAGCCAAAAUUGAGCUCUGGUGCAACCAUCGGCAUUUCUGUUGGAUGUACCGCUGCAGGUUUAAUUGCAAUUGCAGCUCUCGUGUUGUGGAUCCGUAAAAGAAAUAAGGCCAAAAAGCAAAUGGAGACUAUGGAGGUUGAUUGGGACGCGAUUGAUUUAAAUUAUGCUGAUACGCCUACUGUCAAACCAGCUGAAGAAUUUUCUUCGAUUCCGCAAGAAAAACCAAAUGUUGCUAACAAUCCGCCUUUAAAACCCCAAAUUCCUGAUUUUGUUGAUGAGUCACCUGUCGUGAAUAAGGAUCACUCGAUACAAAAGCCUGAUGGAUCAUAA